AUGUUCAUUAUAUUUAUUAUACAAAAAUCAAGUAUAGAAAUUAUAGUAAAUAGUCUUAAAUCUGCAAUUAUUCAAAAUUUAAUAAAAGAGAAGUAUUUAAGAGAAGAUUUAUUAGAAGUAUAUGAAAGAUUAAAAAAGAAAAAAGUGAUUGA